AUGUCAGCUGCACCAGCUGGUCGUGUUCAGCCAGCGCUCGGUUUCAAUCCGGCUUCGUACGGCUCCGUGGUUGCCGGGUCUUGUUUGCUCGAACCAAGGUCUAUGCGGAGCGAAAGGCGCGAUAGUAUCGACCAAGACGAAAACAGUCAGCAGAGCGACGAUCAUGCUACUCGAUACAGCCAGAGCAGUGCCACAGAGGAGGCAGAGGAGGCAGAGGAGGCAGAGGAGGAUGCAUCCUACACGCUUAGAGAUGAUGCAGCGAGCAUCUUGAGCGACUUUGCUUGCAUCUUUCAUCCGAACGAGUACAUGGCCGCACAGCAGAGGCUGGAGGAGAUCGAUCGAAGGAGCGAGUACAGCAGUUAUGACGAGGAGCGUGCACCCAUCUUGCCUGGCUCUUACGGUGCUCGGCGUUUCUCUGGAGCAGCGGUAGGCUCUGCAUGGUUCAAAGCACCCACUCAAGGUGGGCAUGUCAGCGGCAUUUCCAUCCGUCAAGCGCUUGUCGACCGCUCCACGAAACCGGGCUCGAACCUUGGUCUCGUCCUGAUUGCUGUCAGCCAAGUUUGCUAUUCAACCAUGAACCUCUUUGUCAAGCUGCUAGACGAGCGCCAAGGUCAGCAGGACGGUCAAGGUCAAGGUGAAGCGAUCGGUGCGCUUGAGAUCGUUGGUGUGGAGUGCUUGAUCAUUUGGAUCGGCUGUUUGCUUGCCAUGUGCAUGGCAAAGACGAAAAACAUCAUCCUUGGUCCGCCAGGAACUCGCCUUCUGUUGCUAGCCCGAGGCAUGUUUGGUUUUGCUUCCACCUUGGCUCUGUACAUCUCGCUACAGACGCUCAGCCUUUCGGAUGCUACUGUGAUCACCUUCCUCUCGCCGCUGGCCACGGGGUUUCUAGCAUACGUGUUGUUGCAUGAACCUUUUACUGUCCGCGAGAGGAUCGCUGGUGUGCUUUCGCUCGCUGGUGUCACUCUGAUCGCUAGACCUUCGUUCCUGUUUGGCAGCAAUGCAGGACAAGGCGCACCCGAAGAUGGCGAUAUCCAAGUUCCACCUGCCUCCCAACCUGGUUCGGCAAGCGAAGCAGGCCGGAUCGUUGGCAUCCUCGUCGCUCUGAGCGGUGUCGUCUUGAUGGCCGGUGCUUGGGUCUGUCUGCGUGGUAUUGGCAAACGUGCUUCGACCUAUCACUCGAUCUCGUACUUUGCUCUUUGCAGCUGGCUAUCGAGCUUUGUCGCCAUGUACGUGCUUAAGGAGCCUUUUGUGAUUCCCUCGUCUACACUUUCGCUGCUACUGUUGCUAGGCGUCGGUCUGUUUAGCUUGCUCGCACAGGUUUUCCAGACACUCGGAUUGCAGCGUGAGUCGGCAGGAAGAGCGGCUACCAUGUCGUACCUGCAGAUCAUCUUUGCGCUUUUCUGGCAGCUAGUGCUCUUUCGAUCGGUACCCGACUUGGUCUCGAUUGUUGGAAGUCUCGUCAUCCUCGCAAGCGGCGCCUGGGUUGCGCUGAGCAAGCAAGACGGUUCGGCUGCCAUGCAUUGA